AUGGCAGCAAACCAAAACAACGUGCCACAAUUUAAAUUAGUUUUAGUCGGCGAUGGUGGUGUUGGUAAAACAACAUUUGUUAAACGACAUUUAACAGGUGAAUUUGAAAAAAAAUAUGAGGCCACAAUUGGUGUUAAUGUACAUCCGUUAAAUUUUUAUACAAAUUUGGGUGAAAUUAUUUUCAAUGUUUGGGAUACAGCCGGUCAAGAAAAAUUUGGCGGUUUACGUGAUGGUUAUUAUAUCGGUGGACAGUGUGCUAUCAUAAUGUUUGAUGUGACAUCACGUAUAACUUAUCGAAAUGUUCCCAAUUGGCAUAAAGAUUUAAUUCGUGUUUGUGAAAAUAUUCCAAUUGUUUUAUGUGGAAAUAAAAUCGAUGUAAAAGAUCGAAAAUUAAAAGCUAAAUCAAUAACAUAUCAUCGAAAGAAUAAUAUGCAAUAUUAUGAUAUUAGUGCUCGAUCAAAUUAUAAUUUUGAAAAACCAUUUCUUUGGUUAGCACGAAAACUAGCUGGAAAUGAUAAUCUUCAAUUUGUUUCUCAAGUUUCAUUACCACCACCGGAAAUAUAUUUGGAUCCGGAAAUGCUUCGAGAAUAUGAAAAGCAGCUAGAUGGAGCACUAUUGCCCGAUGAUGAUGAUGACUUGUAA